AUGUACCCGUUCGUUCUAGAAGAACCAGAAUGGGGUGAUGUAAAGGGGGACGUCUCCAUAGAUGUGAUCCUGCAGCCAGACAUGCAAAGCGGACGUGCCCCUGGCUGCACCGUGACGCUUUGGGAGGCCUGUCAGGCACCGGUAGAACCCGGUCCACGGAAUCAAGGGCAAUUCAAUUCUUACCCAAGGAUCGGUUUCAGUGGACAGAUACUGCGGUCUAUGCACCAAAUGGAGGGAUGUUUGGCAAAAGAAGCGGUUGGCACUGAAGACGAGCCUGUGUGUUCUGGCCAAUCUCACCUUCGCUAA